AUGUUAGAGCACCCGCAAACAAAGUGGUGGCUUGAGAGUGCUACUGGAUUGAGUGGAGGAAAAGUUAUGGUGGCUGCUGAGUGGAGGAGAACGGCUGGAUCUGUUGUCGAAAGGGAGAUCGCUGUUGGCGAUCGUCUUGAGGCUGCUACAACUUGGGGUGGAGUGAACAACGACUACUGCUGCUGCAAAAGGUGGAGGAAUGGGGUUGCACGCAGCGUUGAACAAUGA